UCUCUCUAUCCUCAUCCGCAAGCAACCCCCAGUAUCGCGGAUUAGUUUUAACCGUACAGAAUCCUCUAACAUUUUCGCGAGAAUUUAGGGAGGGAGAUGCAAAGAGUGCAUUGAAAAUUAGAAGAACGAACUUAGACUCUACAUUAAUGGGUUUAUCAGAUACAAAGUUUCUGCAAGAGUUGUUGUUGCACGCGGCGAGGGCGGCGCUGAGUUACUGGGUACUGGUUACGGGGCUCCGAUACCUUGACCCGAACCGGAAAGCAUCGCAGAAGGCUCUUAAACAAAAGAAAGAGAUUGCAAAGCGUUUAGGUCGACCACUUAUUCAAACUAAUCCUUAUGAGGAUGUAAUAGCCUGUGAUGUUAUAAAUCCUGACCACAUUGAUGUGGAAUUUGAUUCUAUUGGGGGUCUAGAAACAAUUAAACAAACUUUGAUUGAGCUUGUUAUUCUACCCUUAAAACGACCCGACUUGUUUUCUCAUGGCAAGCUCCUUGGUCCACAAAAGGGGGUCCUGUUGUAUGGACCCCCUGGCACUGGGAAAACCAUGCUUGCAAAAGCUAUUGCAAAGGAAUCUGGAGCAGUUUUCAUUAAUGUAAGGAUAUCCAACCUAAUGAGCAAAUGGUUUGGGGAUGCCCAAAAGCUUGUGUCUGCGGUGUUUAGCUUGGCAUAUAAGCUUCAACCUGCCAUCAUAUUCAUUGAUGAAGUAGACAGUUUUUUGGGUCAACGCCGUUCAUCAGAUCACGAGGCUAUGUUAAACAUGAAAACUGAGUUCAUGGCUCUAUGGGAUGGAUUCACCACCGACCAGAAUGCUCAAGUUAUGGUACUUGCAGCAACUAACCGCCCUUCAGAACUUGAUGAAGCAAUACUUCGGCGAUUUCCUCAAGCCUUCGAAAUUGGAUAUCCUAACCAGAGGGAGAGGGCUGAGAUAUUGAAGGUUAUCUUAAAGGGCGAGACUGUCGAAGAUAACAUAGACUUUAGUUAUAUAGCUGGCUUAUGCAAGGGUUACACUGGUUCAGAUCUAUUUGAUCUUUGCAAGAAGGCUGCGUAUAUUCCUAUCAGAGAACUACUGGUUAAUGAGAAGAAAGGGAAACAAUCUCAUCCCCCUAGACCUUUGUCGGUGUUAGAUUUGGAGAAGGCCCUUUCUACUUCACGGAAGACAGCGGUUGCUGCAAAUGAAUACAGUGCAAUGAACCAACAGUCAUCAUCAAGAUCUCCAUCUCCUGAUGAAUCAGAUGACUAUCGGGUUCAAGCUGCAAUCGAGGAAUUCGCUAAGCUUAUGGGUUCUCAGAUCAACCUCCAGUUAGAUGUCUGUGAUCCUUAAAAUUUUGAGCUUCUCUAGAACAGUCUACUACUGUUAUUUAGCAUAGUCCAGAUUGCAACAGCGAUUACUUCAUCUGUUAUAGAAGUGUCAAUGUUGGCUUUUGCGUUUUGUUCAGAAUUUGAUUUAUCCAUCCUUCCUGUAGCACAUAUUAUUUUAGGGAUGAGGCUGAAUUGUCGUUAUAAUGGUUGAGUUAUCAUGUAGUUCAAAUAAUUGACUUAAAUAACAAAAGGUUAAUCACAAAAUCCUUUCCAUGAGAA